UAUUUCGUAUCCUAAGAGCACCCCAUCCGCUGUCGGCUGACUCACUGCCAAAGGAAUCUGGUGUUUCUUCCCCUGGUUAAAACAGUUUCGGACGCCUCCCUCUGUGAUGGCGUCACAUUACCUCCUGAGAUAUAUAUAUAUAUAAAUAACAGAGGCAUAGAACAGUGGGGGAAGAAAGGAGUGUGUCUCCGGUAUUUUGGUUAGCUUUACGCUCACCGGCUGCACUCGUUUUAGGGGCUAGUCUGGUUCUCCGGAAGAAGAUAUAAUGAGAGGCUUCUCGUAUUUAAACCGGGCUGCGAACGCUCUUUGUAGCCCGCGAGUUGAUAGAAAGGUUCGGCUGGGACGGCGCGGUACUGCCUCUGAUACUAAGUUGCAGCCUGGCUUUGGUCUCCUGUUUGACAUUGAUGGAGUGCUGGUCCGAGGAAAGACGCCCAUCCCAGCAGCGAAAAAAGCCUUCCAAAAAUUAGUUAAUCCUCAAGGGCAGUUCCUUGUGCCUGUGGUGUUUGUCACAAAUGCAGGGAACUGCCUACGCCAGACCAAAGCAGAUCAGCUGUCUCAUAUUCUAGGAGUGCCUAUUUCCCAGGACCAGGUGAUGAUGUCACAUAGCCCUUUACGAAUGUUCAGAAAGUAUCAAGACAAGUGUGUGCUAGUGUCUGGACAAGGACCAGUGCUCGAUAUUGCCAAAAACUUAGGUUUUUCCAAGGUUGUUACUAUUGACAUGCUGCGAGAAUCAUUCCCCUUGUUAGACAUGGUCGACCACAAUAGAAGACCAAAAAUACUGCCUUCCUCUGAUGUAAAUCUGCCUAAAAUAGAUGCUGUAAUUCUGUUUGGUGAGCCAAUCCGAUGGGAGACAAACCUACAGUUGAUUGUCGACGUUUUACUGACCAAUGGGAACCUAGGAGGUACCCACAACACCCAGAGCUACCCGCAUAUACCUGUGCUGGCCUGUAACAUGGACCUCAUGUGGAUGGCUGAAGCACAGUCACCAAGGUUUGGCCAUGGGACGUUCCUAGUUUGUCUGGAGAACAUUUAUAAGAAGAUAACAGGCAAAGACCUGAAGUACGAGGCCCUGAUGGGCAAACCCAGCGAGCUCACAUACCACUAUGCAGAGUAUCUGAUCAGAUCUCAGGCUGCGGAGAGGGAAUGGAGGAACCCGAUUGGAAACCUGUAUGCCAUAGGGGAUAACCUCAUGACAGAUAUCUAUGGUGCUAACCUGUACAAUCGCUACCUGGAAGAGAAAUCCUCUAGAAAAAGUUCCAAAGCACUGGCCAAGGUGGUGGUGGGGACAGGGAGCAAAGCCAGUGCUGUUUCCCAGGAGGAAGAGUCGGACAAUGCCUGGGAGAGCGAACUGGCCCCCCCCUCUGCCACCAGCUGCAAGUCUGUUCUGGUGUGCACCGGAGUCUACGAUCCCCACACGCAGGUACCGUCCGACCCCAGCGAGUGCAUUACAGAGACUGUGUUCCACGGCCACAGAGACUUCCACUUCGACCCGGCCCUCGUAGAGCCAGGCCAUCUGGUGCAGGAUGUAGACGCUGCUGUGCAGCUCAUCUUUGAACAGGAAAACUUUGUGCCUCUUUAAAGACCAGAGUUAUUUUUGUUUUUUGUUUUGUUCUACUAUCCUGAUUUAGAAGAUUUUAGCUCUCCAGAUGCCAAAAAAAACCAAAAAAAGAAUAGAGUAUAAAUGAUGUACAGGUGAGUGCAUGCAGUCCUAUUUAAACACUCCAAUUUGUCUUCUGGUUUUGUGGACAUUUAAUGGUGCGUAGAUUUCUUUGUGAAUAUAUUGGGUACCUACUUGCCAGAAAUGUUCUGACCACCCUCCCUCGUAAGAGUUUUCAACACUGUUCUGUGGUGUGUGGGUUUUUUUUUUUUUCUUUUUUUUCUUUUUAAAAGCUUUUUUUAAAAUCACUAACUAUUCAGAAUCGUUUCAAACUCUGCGUUUGUCCUGACAGGAAACAGAUGAGUAGAUACAUCUAUUGUAAACCAUACUCUUCAGCAUAUUAAUAAUGCACCUUUCCCAUUCAUAAACAGCAGUUCUGUUUAAAAAAUUAACCAUGUAUGUACAAAGUAACGUAAAGGUUUUAAUGAUCUGCCCAUUGGUAAUGGUUGACCUAAUUUUUGGACCUGAGAUAGCUGAGAUAUAUAUUUAACUAAUUUGGAAUAAAAAAACAUUUUGGAUUUUCAAGGCAGUUUUUAAAAGAUAGAAAGCUUUGUAAGCAUGUUUUUUAUAUACAUAUAAAAAAGCCUGGUCCUUAAAGGGUUAGUUUUAUAUUUGUUUUGAAGAUUAAGAAUCUUAAAUACAGUAUUGGGGAUUAUGAUAUUUUGGUUUUAAAAUCAUAGAUGAACCAAAACAAACCAGAAAAAAAGUUAGUCAAGUCAUUCUUAGACCGUAUAUUAAAAAUAUAUAUGUAAAAAGAGCAUAAAACAAACAGUUGACUCUUGGUAAUCGUAAAACAACAUCUUGAAUUUAAUAUUUUGGGUAAAUGUAUUCACACUUGAAUCAUGUUAGUGGGAAUCAUAUACUGUUAACUUUAAGAACAGUUUUGGCAGUGGUAUACACCCUGCAAUAUGUAUAGUUUUUGCAAAAAAACUAAAAAAAUAACCUGUAAACUGCACAUGUAGUGUUUUAUUUAUUUAGUCUGUUACAUUUGUAUAUGGAGGAGUGGAAACUUAAUAUGAAAUUUGGUUUUAAAAUAAUAAACAUUAACAUUGCUAUUUUAUAUUGUGGUUUUUUUUUUUUUUUUUUUAAACCUUAAAUAGAUGUACUGUUUGGACUCUUGCACGCAGAUUGCUACAGGGAUGCAGUGUUUGAGUCCCAGGAAUUGUUGCAUAAAUGGGUUAUUUUAAUUAUACAACAAUUUUCUAAUUUAAAUGUCUUAAACUGCCAGUAAUGAAAUCCUUUACUGGACCGCAAAACUGUAAACCUUUGCCAUGGCAGGAUAUGAAGGGGUUAAAAUGUUGCUCCAGAUAACCUGCUGCCUUCAGCCAGAAUAGACAAAUUAUGGAACUGCCAAAGGCAUAACAAGGCAACUGUUCCUGCACAGAUGUGUUCUGUUAUUAUAAAAACAUUAAAAAAAAAAAAAAAGUUUUCUGCCAUUCACAGGUGGCAGUCGAUGGUUUACAUUAAAUAUGACCAGUUUUUUUUAAUAAAAAGUAAUUGAAUAUAAUGAAUAAACCGCAACAUAAAAUGAAGACUCGGGCUUGUUGCUGAAAUGUUUUUACUAAAUCCCAUGUGGGUCAUGGUGCUCAUUUUCCCAGUCCUGACAUCUGAUUGGCUGAGCUAUGUAUAGCAGGAGACUGUCUUGGGAAUUGUAGUAUAUAUUUACAUACACAGUAUUAAACGUUUUGAUCAAUUUGCUAUCGGCGUUGUGACGGGCCAGGUGAGUGCAUUGAGAAAUCCAAACAUUGACAGGACCUCCUCCCCACCCCAUUUUUAAUAUAGGCAGGGACUGAGGGGGUUCUAGCAAAGCUUGUUCAUUCCAGCUGGCUCUUGCGUUUUAUGUAACCAUGUCUCUGUUUGGUGCCACAUGUGACCUGAGGAUAAUGAGCUCAGUUCCUCUGUCACGUUAGUUGGUGCAGCUUCUAAAAGGAGCUUUACUGUUUUGAAUAAUACUUCUGUAUGACAAUCGGGGCAUGGAAAGAUAAUUUAAAAGGUUUACAGCUGUUGGACGUGAUCACAAAGCUUUAUUAACAUUUGUUCAGCAAGUAGAAGGUGUCUUCAUUUAAAUACUUUAAAUUGACUAAGACAUUGUGUAAAAAAAAAAAUAAAAAUAAAAAAGUGUUCCUGAUGAGAACACUGUUUUGUACUGUCAUUGCUAGGGUCAUUAAACCAUUUUGUGCAUUAAUUCAUGCAGGCUCUGCUCACAGAUGCUGCCUUACCUCAAUCAGACUUGAAAAGAGCCCCCUCUGCUGGAGACAAACAGCAAAAGCAAAAAACCAAAGCAUUUUUUUUUUCUUCAGAAAAUCCCAUUUAUUUCAGUAAAACCACGCAAAGGCCUAACAUUUAACAAUUUCAAUUAAUUUUUGUCUAUUAAAAGUAUAUAAGGAAAACUGACUCACUCAUUUUUAAAGAAAUAAAUAUUAUAAUAAGCCUAUAAAGUUAUUUAUAAUCAGAUUGCAAAAAUGUCAAAACAUUUACAGUACAUGUGCAUUUACAUGCAAAUUUCAAACACCAAAUCACCUUUUAUAAACAUUUAAAACAAACCAUAAUUAUAAAAUAUAUUGAUUUUUCCAUCUCCUGGUUUUUAAAAAGCUAAGAAGGAAUCAUAUUGAAAGCAAACUUCUAGACAAAAGGAUUUCCAUUGUAAACAAGGCACAGAGCGCUCUAUAGAUAAAUAGUUUUCCAAUAUUAAUGCUUACCACAGAAACCUUCCUCUUAGAAACUGCUACAGCCUGUACAAAAAACUGUUAAAAAAAAAAAAUGCUAAUUUGAGAAACAUUAAACAAAUGUAUAUUCUACUGUGCCUUUUGAAUGAACAUUUCAAAUUAAAUUGAUAAAAAUCACAAAUUUCUUCAUUAUUGGAAGACAUACAACACAAGAGAAGCUGAAACUGAAUGGGAAAUGUUCCAAUACAAAACAAAUGUAAAGAACUAAAAAAAGAUCCCCUAUCAACAAGUAGCUUAGCACAGAUAUUCAAAAUACAAGCAGGUAGCACAUGACUAACACUAAGGCUCUUGGGUCUGUGUGGUUUGAAUUCUCUGCAGUAGUUACACAAAGGUACUGUGCUAAGAGGAGUCAUACCAAAACGGCUAUUGCGUUCAACAACCUAUGGGAAAACAGAAAUACAUACUGGAAAUCACAGUAAAAAAAACAACAAA